AUUCCUCUCCUAUCCAUAUAUCUCUCCAAUAAUCGUUACUUAAUUACACUAGCAUAGCUAUUAUGGCUCUUCGUAAUUUCAUUACUAUUAUGCUUGCGAGUGCUAUUUUCUUACUAACUAUUUCUAUUGCUCAUGCCUCCGAUCCCGGCCCUUUGCAAGACAUAUGUGUUGCAAUCAACGGUGCCAAUGAGACUGUGUUCGUGAAUGGAAAAAUAUGCAAGAACCCUGUGGAUGUCGUAGCCGAAGAUUUCCUCUUCCAGGGCCUCAACGUCCCCGGGAACACGUCGAAUCAACUCGGAUCGGCGGUGACCGCCGUGAACGUGAAUAAUCUGCCCGGACUUAACACCCUCGGUACAUCGUUCGCACGUUUGGACUUUGCGCCCAACGGAAUCAAUCCUCCCCACACCCACCCGAGAGCAACCGAAGUCUUCUCUCUACUGGAAGGCACGCUCUACGUUGGAUUUGUGCUCUCCAACCCCCCGCCCGGGAUGCAAAACAGGCUAAUCACCCGAACUCUCGUAGCGGGGGACGUGUUCGUGUUCCCCCAAGGCCUCAUUCAUUUUCAGUUCAACAUUGGGAACACGAGUGCUCUGGCUUUCGCAGGCUUCAGUAGCCAAAAUCCCGGAGUUAUUACUAUCGCCAACGCGGUCUUUGGUUCAAACCCGCCCAUCAAUCCCAAUGUUCUGGCUAGAGCUUUUCGUCUGAGCGGGAAUCUGGUCCGAAAUCUGCAAUCACAAUUCUGGGUCAAUAACAAUAGCUAGAUAUUUGUAAAACAUCAAGCUUAUCUAAUAUGGAGUACAUGUAUAAUACAAUACUACCUGUGUAAAUACUCAAACUGUUGGGGCUCUUGGAAUAUACAAUAAAAUGCCCCUACCACACAACAUAACUCAUGCAUGGUUGAAAGGAUUGUAAUGAAAUAAAGUACUCUAGGAUCAAAUAAUGUAGUUUGAAGAGUGUAGGAACCAUGUAGAAGUCCAUAAGAAGGGAAAAGAAAUAGCAAGAGAGAUAGAACUGAAGUCCCUUUGAACUAAAAGAGGAAAAAAGGAAAAGAAAAAAAUCCAGCAUUAUAACCAAAUUCCAACUCUCGUGUUCCAACGACUACAACACGACAGCGCCAAUUAUCUCAUCCCAAAAUAAUGAAUAAAGGAAAAAUUGUCAUAUAAUAGCCAAACAAACCAAAAAACAUCCUUAGAUAUAUUCAAACUUAUGAAACUCAAGUGUAGUUCCAACAAAGGACAACCCGGUCAAAAUUUGAGUAUAGAUUUUGGUACCAAGGUGUAGCAAACAACAGUUGUAUAUACAUCCUCCAACUUCAUCACCAAUAAUUUAGGCAAACCUAAGACUCUUCGAAGCAAAGAGAAACAGAAUCAAACUAAAAUAGAAGUUGCACAACCAAACAGAAUUAAACUUUUACAGAACUAAUACCAAUUUUCCUUUUUUCACAUGUUCAAUAUGUAAUUAUCUAUAGUAAACCAAAAAAAGUUGACUCUGUGAAGACAUGCAAAUGAUAUUUAACAGCUAAACCCUAACACUAAUAAAGAUCUGUAUUCAUAGAUUGUAAAACCAUGUGAUUGGGUUUGAAAAAGAGUAAAUGAGAAAAUGAGUACUUUUCCAGCCAAAUGUCAUUGAUAUUGAACUGCCAAGAGACAUUAUACCUACUUUUACAACAUAAACAUUUCAGUCUUGAGUUGUGUUUAGAGUAAUAAUGUUUUUCAACAAAACUAACUUCAAUUUCUUCAAAAAUACAUGUGAUAUAUGAGAGUAAAUUCAUUUAAAAGCUAGAAUUCAGUUUUGAAAAUGAAAACACACGUAAUUACCACUGAUCAAGGGUAUCUUCUUUUUUUUUCUUUGAUUAGCACUUUGGUAAAUGCAAUUAACAAAGAAUCUCAUGCAGACCAAAUUUUUUUAAGGCAAUUGAUUUUGAAUUAUAAUUCUUCUAUUAUGAACUUGAGGCUUCAGAGUUGUGGAGCAUUUUCUUGGAAUAUCAAAUAUGGGUUAAUAAAUUUGCAGUUGGGUAGGUGUUUCAUCAUUCAGUCAGUAUAGCAUAGACGCUUCUACGAAAUCAAUUAUUCAACCAAUAAGCAAAUUAAAUUCACCAACCUUAAUUCUUUGUAUAGCAAAUAUGCUCCCAACCCCUCAAUGGAAUAACCCAGCUGUGCAAAAAAAAAUGGGAGUGAGAAUAAUGAAUAUGUUGUUGAAGGCAUGUGCAUUAUUUUUCAAUAGAACAUUUAAGUUUAGCAUUGCAAAAAAUAAUUUGACAAAAGAAAGAAAGAAAAGGAUCCAUGAAAAAUACCUGCAAUUUGUUCCAUGAAAGUUGAAUAUCUAGGUAAUAAGUGGUGUAUUAAAUAGAUGAAAACAAAUCAACUCACCUCUUCCUUUUAUCGUGUCAAACACCUUUGAGAUGUGAAAAUAGAUUCUCGUAAUCUCA